GCCUCAAAUCGAUUUUAGUUUAAUCGAGGCGAUUUCAAGAGACGGCAGUACAAAUAGAUAGCACCAAAGGACGCUGUCUUUCCGAAUUCUAUAACAAUGAGGGUAGUUGGGAGACUUGUAGGUAUCCUCUGGUUGCUUGGGAUAUCACAAGCAAACCCCAUCAACCAGCCCCAAGAGGAGACAACCAUACGCCAAAGCAAGGCCCAGGAGAUAUUGCGCUACAUGAACACCACAGCAGAUCCUUGUGAGGAUUUCUAUGAGUUCACCUGCGGCAAUUAUGGCAAAUAUCAUACGCCCAGUCAGGAAAAUCCUAAAAUUGGAGUUAUGCAAAAUUUACAAACCAAAAUGAAGGAAAAGCUCAAAGUGUUGUUGGCAGCAAGAGACUCUCCCUCCGAUACGGCAAUAGAUAAGCAGGCCAAGAUCUUCUAUAGGUCAUGUCUAAAUAUGGCUGCGAAUAACCAAAGCCAUGCAGAUAAACGUAAAGCUAUUGCCCAUGAAUUUGGUCAGGUGCCCAUUUUAAUGGAACAGGAGGGUGUGGCUUGGCCGGCGGAAAAUUUCGAUUGGCUACACACGGUAGCCAACAUGGCCCACAAACUGGGCGUUGUGGUACUUUUGGAGUUUGGUGUGGCCAUCGAUUUCGCCAACAACAGUGUAAAUCGUUUGUACAUCUCCCAGCAAGAGUUUCCCGUGCCCUCCAAGGCCAUUUAUCUAAAGGAGGAGUAUAAACCCCUGAGGGAUCAUUACAAGAAUGCCAUUGCCGCCGACUUGAUGGUUUUCUUGAAUGUCAGUGCUGAGUUGGCCACUCAGGCUGCCGAUGCCAUAGUUGAUUUUGAGUGCAUGCUGGCCGAAGGCAUGAUGGAUGCUCAGGAGGGCCUAGGCAUGGCUGAGCUGUAUAAACUAAUGACGCAGGAGGAGGCUUUCAAGAAAUAUGCCUCUCACAUGGACAUCAAGAAACAUGCCUCUGAUGUUUUUGGCCCUUUGCCAGAGGACCUGAAGGUCUAUAUGCAGCAUGAUUAUUUUGUGCAUUUGCAUAGCACCGUAUCCAAAGUACCCAAGAGCACUCUGGCCAAUUAUAUUUUCUAUAAACUGUUGAAAAACUUUAUAUUUGUGCAACCGGAAACGGAGGAAAAGCGUCAGAAUGAAUGUUUGGAUGCCAUGAAAAAAUAUUUCUUUAAAAAUUUGGACAACAUGUACUACCGCCACCAGAUUACCAGUGACUCGGGCAAGGGGAUUUCAGAGAUAUGGCAGCAAUUGAAAAACAGCUAUCAGAAAUCCCUGGAAUCCACCGAGCUCAAUUGGAUUCAAGAGGAUACUCGCAAAUAUGCGGUGAAAAAACUUCAAGCCAUGAGCAUAGAAAUUUUGUCCUACGAACAUUACGAUUUCAACAAAACCCAUGGAAAUCUGAGCUUGGAUGAGCACGACUACAUAGGGAAUCUAAGAAAAAUGCUUGAGGUAAUGGCCGCCAUAGAAAGGGCCAAAAUUAAUGAACCCCCACAGUCGAUAGAUUUUGGGCAGCAAGUGUCUAUGACCCCUGUACACAUGGUGCUGGAAAAUGCCAUAAAAGUUCCAGUGGCCUUUCUGCAACCGCAGACCACCUGGUCUCAGCACUUUCCGAAUGCCUUGAAUUAUGGCUCCAUGGGUUCAGUUUUGGCUCAUGAGCUAUUGCAUGGUUUCGACGAUACCGGACGCACCUACGAUCUGAGGGGUAACAACUAUGAAUGGUGGGAUUCCGAAUCCAGUGCUCAGUUUGAUAAUCGCACAAAAUGUCUGCGAACUCAAUAUACCGGCUACUCGUACGGAGGACAUCAAUUACCCGAUAUGGCAAAUCAAGGUGAAAAUAUUGCCGAUAAUGGAGGUGUGCGCAUGGCCUAUCAGGCCUAUAUGAAUUGGUUCAACAAUGCCAAACCCAGCAUGGAGAUGGAAACAUUGCCCGGUCUGAACUAUACAAAUUGGCAGCUGUUCUUUAUAGGCUAUGCUCAAAUUUGGUGUGAAACCACUUUGGAGGAAUUUCAAAGUGCCAUGGCCUCCAUGGAUGCCCAUGUGCCAGAAAAGAUGCGAGUUAUUGGACCGCUAUCGAAUUUUGAGGAAUUUUCAAAGGCCUACCAGUGUCCCCUGGGAAGUGGUAUGAAUCCCCAGAAGAAGUGUAAAAUUUAUUGAAAUAUUUUGGAUCAUAACAAGAAAAAUAUAAAAAUUUUAUUGAACAUUUGAAAAGAUAAUAAAUAAAUGAAGAUAGGUUUCAUUCAA